GAGCCAAGGUACAAAGGUGAAUUGCGUUUAUGGAAAUAUGAUCCCUGGCAAAAUUCCCCUCAGUGCUUUAUAAGAGUGCCCUGCCUCACCUGCACAGACAAGAAGAGAGCUGCGAACUACAUCUGGAGCAUUAGAGAACUGCAUCUACAGGCUGCACCAUGCAGGUCAACACGCUGUUCUUCCUGCUGAUCACAUCUUGUCUCUGUCUUGCAUUGGCACAAGUGACCUAUGACGACUGCUGUUUGAAAUAUGUGAAAAAAAUGAGCCACAGCACUCAGAGAUAUGCAAUGUCGUAUAGACGCCAGGUGACAGAUGGAGGCUGCAACAUCCCUGCUAUAAUCUUCACCAUGAGGAAGGGGCGUGUGUUUUGCACAGACCCCGAACAGAAAUGGGUCAUAGAACUGAUGACGAAGAUUGACAACAGGAAAGCCAAAAAAGACAGAAAGAACACCUUCAGGAAGCACCAUCCAAGACGUCCGUAGCGAGGCUGAGGAUGACUGGCUGCUAUAAUGGCCUUUGAUCAUCUUUCCUCCGUCUGCCAAAUCUUAUCAUUAAGCAACAAGUGGUUUUAUGGUGUCUUACCGGAAGGCAGUAGAGGAAGCUAGCCAAGGAAAUCUUGUAGCAUUACUUUUGCUUUCACUCUGCACUAAAAUAAAGGUCAGAAGCUUGGGUAGAAUUGCAGCAGCACUUUGUUGUUCAGAGUUGGACUGCUGAUGCUGACUGGCCACCACACACCACAUAUAAAUGCCUUCAAUAGCAUGCUGCUUCAAUGAGAAUAUUUGUGACCGUUUUCUUGCCUUUUGAGACAUCAGAUAUUAAAUAAGCUGUUUAAUUAAUGGUGAUGGAGUGUAAAUGAUAAUAAUAUACAGUAUAUAUGUAAUAUUAGAGUAUUUCUUGCAUGAUGUGUUCAGAUGUCUAUGCUUGUUUAUGUGCGCACACAAACUGUCAAAUUUGAAUGUCUUUCUGAAUUGUGUGUCAUAGAAAAGGAGUCUUAAUUUCUUCUAAAUGGUUUAAAUGUAUGUCUUUUUAAACAUGUUGUGUAUAGGUUUUAUUACAGUAUAUGGGUUCCCAUAAAAGCAUUAUUGCAAUAAACUUGCUUAUCACCUCCCA